AUGUUUUUUUUUAAAAAAAAAGAAAACAAUAAGGAUGAGGAAAAAGAAAACGUUCCUCAUGCUAGUAAUCCUUUUCAGGGCAUAGAAAAAGAAAGUAUUCAUGUCAAAAGAGAAAGCAAGUUGACAAAUGAGGAUGAUCAUUUGUAUAUAAAUAAAAACGAACAAAGUGAAAAAGAUGAUAGUAAGAGUGAUGAUAAUAGGAAGGAUGAUGAUAGUAAGAGUGAUGAUAAUAGGAAGGAUGAUGAUAAUAAGAGUGAUGAUAAUAGUAAGAGUGAUGAUAAUAAUAAUAAUAAUGUUGAUGAAAAAAUAAAAAAUAUUUCUUACGAUAAAAAUAAAAACAACAUUUAUAAUGUAAAGAAAGAUAAUAUAGUACAUCCUUCAAAACAUAAUAAAGAUAAUCAAUCUGGUGAAGAUGAUACUUUAUCAGAUAAAGUGCAGUCAAAGAGUAAGCCGAAACAAAAUGAGAGAACCAAAUUUAAAACAUCUAUAAAAUUGUAUUACAAUAAUUCAGGUUCUGAGGAAGAAGAAAGUGAUGAUGAUAAUAAUAAGGGUGAAAAAAAUGAAGAACUAAUAAAAAAAAAUAUAACUAUGAAAGAUAAAAUGGUGAUAAAGGAAUCUAUUAAAUAUAAUAAGAAUGAACGGAGUCAUACAAAGGGUAGUGUAAGGCAUAAAACACAUAAUGAUAAUAAUGAAAGUAAUAAUAAUAAUAAUAAUAAUAAUAAUAAUUAUAAUAAUAAUAAUAAUAAUAAUAAUAAUAAUUAUUAUAAUAAUAAUUAUCAGUAUUAUAAAAAUUCAUAUCAAGACACAUAUCCUAAUAAUACAAAGACAAAUAAAAAAAUAUUUGCAAACGUAUCUAAUGAUGAAAAGCUAGUUUUUUUAACAAAAAAAGAAAGAGAAGAAAAAAAAAAAAAAAUGGAAAAGGAUAAUCAAAAUGUGGUUCGUAGUAAGGAAGAAGACGAAGAAAAAAAGAAAGAGCAUCACAAUAUAAAACAUUCUUCUAUAGAUAAUAGAAAACAUAGAAGAAGAGAAGAUUCUUAUGAAUAUAGAAAUGAAGAACAUAGGACAAAUGAUAGGAAAAGAAAAAAAAACGAAAGUGAUCAUAUUAAUGAUGAUAAAGAAUAUAAUGAGAAUGUAUAUGAUGAGGAUUUAUAUUAUAAUAAUAGGAAUAAUAAAAAUAAUAAACAUAAUAAUAAUGAUGAUGAUAUAAAUAAAUAUAAUAAAACUACAAAGGAUAUAUAUAAGAAUAAUGAUACAAAAUAUAUACUGCCUGAAUCAUAUUAUAAUAAACCUCAAUCAUGCCUAGCUGAAUUAAACAUGUUAAAUUUAAACAAUAUUCAAAGAGAUAAUUUAAAAGAAAAAGAAUUAGAAAUUAUAAAACAACAAUACUUGGGAUUAAAUAAGACAAAGAAAAAGAUACAAAAACCUUCAGAGAAAUUUAGAAAUAUAUUUAAUUUCGAAUGGGAUCAAUCUGAAGAUACAUCAAGAAAUGAUAGUAAUCCAUUAUAUCAAAAUAGGCUUGAGCCACAAUUAUUAUUUGGUCGAGGAUAUAUAGCAGGUAUAGAUGUAAGAGAACAAAGAAAGAAAAAUAAUUUUUAUGAUAAGCUAGUUCAAAAUAGGUUAAAUAUGUCUCUAAACAAAGAAAGACAAAAUCAACACCACCAAAACAAUAAUAAUAAUAAUAAUAAUAAUAAUAAUAUUAAUUGUGAUGAUAGUAGUAAUAAUAAUAUUAAGCAUCACUCAUAUGAACCAUUACAUGAUAAACAACCAAAUACAUCCGAAUAUAAUUAUCAUAAUUAUUUAAUAAAAAAUAAAAGUGGAGAAUAUAUUUACGAACCAAAAGUAAACAAUAUUAUAAAAGAUGUGUGUGAAAAGCACUGGAGUCAAAAAAGUAGAGAAGAAAUGACAGACAGGGAUUGGAGAAUUUUUAGAGAAGAUAAUGAAAUUUAUAUUAAAGGUGGUAUUGUACCCCCACCUAUAAGAAAAUGGGAAGAAUCUAAUUUAUCAAAUGAUUUAUUAAAAGCUAUAAAAAAAGCUAAAUAUGAAAAACCAACACCCAUACAAAUGCAAGCUAUACCUAUUGCCUUAGAAAUGAGAGAUCUUAUAGGUAUAGCUGAAACGGGAUCAGGUAAAACAGCUGCAUUUGUAUUACCUAUGCUUUCAUAUGUAAAACAAUUACCACCUUUGACAUAUGAAACAUCACAAGAUGGUCCAUAUGCUUUAGUUAUUGCACCUUCAAGAGAAUUAGCUAUACAAAUAUUCGAAGAGACUAAUAAGUUUGCUUCUUAUUGUUCAUGUAGAACUGUUGCUGUUGUUGGAGGGAGAAAUGCAGAAGCACAAGCAUUUGAAUUAAGAAGAGGUGUAGAGAUUGUUAUAGGCACUCCAGGAAGAUUACAAGAUUGUUUAGAAAAAGCAUACACUGUAUUAAAUCAAUGUAAUUAUGUUAUAUUAGAUGAAGCUGAUAGAAUGAUGGAUAUGGGUUUUGAAGACACUGUUCAUUAUAUACUUGAUAAAAUACCAACUACUAAUUUAAAAUCAGAAGAUGAUGCUUUAGCUUUACAAGAAGAAAUGAUGACUAAAGCUGGUCAUCGUCUAUAUAGAUUAACUCAAAUGUUUUCAGCUACUAUGCCACCAUCUGUAGAAAGAUUAUCAAGAAAAUAUUUAAGAGCACCUGCAUAUAUAUCUAUUGGAGAUCCAGGUGCAGGCAAACGAUCGAUUGAACAGAAAUUGGAAUUCCUUACAGAAGGAAAGAAAAAACAAAAAUUACAAGAAACAUUAGAAUUGUAUGAACCACCUAUUAUAGUAUUUGUCAAUCAAAAGAAAGUUGCAGAUAUUAUUGCCAAAUCUAUAACAAAAAUGAAAUAUAAAGCAGUAGCCUUACAUGGAGGAAAAGCUCAAGAAAUAAGAGAACAAACAUUAAGUGCAUUCAAAAAUGGAGAAUUUGAUAUACUAGUAGCUACAGAUGUUGCUGGUAGAGGUAUUGAUGUACAUGGAGUUAAAUUAGUUAUAAAUUUUGAUAUGCCUAAGGAUAUAGAAUCAUAUACACAUAGAAUUGGACGUACUGGAAGAGCUGGGCUGAAAGGAUUAGCAAUUUCAUUUAUAACAGAAAAUGAUUCUCAUUUAUUUUAUGAUUUAAAACAAUUCUUAAUAUCUUCUAAUAAUAUCGUUCCAUUAGAGCUAGCCAACAAUCCUGCUUCCAAAGUGAAGCCAGGCACAAUUAUGCAAACUCCAAAAAAAAAUCAAAUAUUAUAUAAAAAUUGA